AUGUUUCCUGUGGCUAGGGCUGCUCUGAACCUCACCGCUCGUGGCAUUCAGCAUACUGCAGUCAGACGAGCUCAUCGCAAAUAUGAGCCUGACUUCCAUGACAAAUAUGGAAACCUGGUACUCCUUGGUGGAGCCGCAGUUUUUACUGCUGUCUGGGGAUAUGUGUUUACACAAGCUGGAAUUGAGUGGGGCUUGUCACCUGUUGGCAGAAUCACUCCAAAAGAAUGGAGGGAGUAA